ACUUUGUUCUAAAAAAAUUUCGAGACAACACGAGCCAAUUGACAAAUGUUGAGUGUACUGAAGUUGCAGCCAUCGUCGCCGUUGUUCGACAACAAUUUCGAUCAACUAACCGCCGGGAACUUGGUUUCCGGCCGGAGGUUUAGUAUCCGAUUGCGUCAACGUCAAUUGGCAUCUCUUUCGGUUCAAUCGGAAACCGCUUCGUCGUCAUCUGAGCCGUUGGUUACCUCUAAUUUGAAUUCCACAGUUGGAUCUUCGUCGGCGCCUCAACUCUACCAGUGGACCCUCACUCAUCGCCAUAUUCAUAUCCUCAAUUUCAUUGCUUGCGCGGCUGCAAUUUCUGCAACCUGGCUGUUUUUUUCUGCAAUUCCAACUCUUCUGGCUUUUAGGCGAGCUGCAGAGUCACUAGAGAAGCUAAUGGAUGUUACUAGAGAGGAGCUUCCGGACACUAUGGCUGCAGUUCGACUCUCUGGUAUGGAGAUCAGCAAUCUAACUAUGGAGCUCAGUGACAUUGGCCAAGGAUUAACACAAGGUGUUAGAAGCUCAACUCGAGCUGUCCUAGCAGAGGAAAGAUUGCGACAGUUUUCAAGCACGCCUCAAUCAGCAACCGUGCAGGGUCUACUAGUCCCAAUGGAGACCAGGACAGCAGGACCAGCUUUAGCAAAAACGGCGAGGGACCUAAGGGAAGGGAUAGUUAAAGGUCGUCAAGUUUUACAAAUGCUUUUCACCCUCACCCGGUAUUCCAGGACAGUCUUCAAUAUCUUCAAAUCCAGGGAAAAGACAUAGAUCCAAGAAAAUCAAAUCUGCCUUAAGUUGCAUAAUUCCAAGUGCUAGGCUGUUACUAUGUUCAUAUACAUCAGACUUUUGCAUGGAUUUGGUAGUCUGAUCCAUAAUGUAGUUCAGUUAGGUCAUAUGGAAAUGAAUAAUUUUGACAUUAUUGUGCAUGAACUUUGAAACUGUUUGAAUAGUUUUUGAU